AUGAAAGACAUCAAAAGGACGAACCAAAGCAUUGAUUCCGGAAUUGGUGACUCCAAAGACAAUAGCAAAAAUAAUACCAAAGCUAUGGCAACUUCAAAAGCGACGAAAAUUACUGAGAUAGCAAUACACCAAAAUCCACGACAACUCCAAAAGCGACGUGAAAGCAACAAGAACAGUGAUACACCAAAAUCUAUGACAACUUCAAAAGUGACACGAAAGCAACAAGAGUUACAAAAAGCAAACCGAAAGAAAAAACAUAAUGAAAGUACCAGGAACAAUACCAGAGCUAUGGCAACUCCAAAAGCGACGAAAUUACUGAGACAGCAAUACACCAAAAUCUACAACAACUCCAAAAGUGAUGCGAAAGCAACAAGAGUUGCAAAAAGCAAACUGAAAGAGAAAAACAUAACGAAG